UUAGGAAUAUAAAAAAAUAUUUAAAAAAUUAUGUGGGUUUUUGGCUAUGGAUCUCUUGUCUGGAAAGUUGAUUUUAAAUAUGAAUCAAAAACUGUUGGGUAUAUCAAAGGUUACCUUCGGAGGUUUUACCAACAUAGUAUCGAUCACAGAGGUGUACCAGAAAAGCCAGGAAGAGUGGUAACUUUGAUUCCCAGUAAAGAACGCAAUUCUGAAGUUUGAAUAGCAUACAAAAUAGCUAGUCAAGACAUAGAAAGUGUAACAAAACACUUGGAUUAUAGGGAGAAAAAUGGAUAUUCUAAGAAAACUGUUACAUUUUAUCCUAAAGACGUUAAAAUUGAACCAUUUGAAAUAACACUUUAUGUUGCAACUGAAGAAAAUGAAUCAUUUGCAGGUCCAGCUUCCAUUGAAGAUAUUGCCAAGCAAGUGGUGAGUUGUGCAGGUCCAAGCGGUACCAAUAAGGAAUAUGUUUAUCAAUUAGCUGAGGCAAUGAGGCAAAUAGUAACUGGUGCUGAUGAUGAACAUCUAUUUGCUCUAGAAAGGGCUGUGAAGCAACUUGAUAAUGAUUAAGGUUCCUAGUUUAACUAGCUAAUUUUGAAAUAAUAUAUGUUGACUAGAGUUAUUAGAAGAUAAAGAAAGUAAACUGAGAAAGUGUUCCUUCUACUAUAAGUACACAAACAAUGUCAAUAAUAUUUAUAUGGUACAAUUUGAGAGUGUUCCACCAUAUAUUGUGAAUUUAACAAGUACUUUGUACCUAUAUUCUUUUGUACCUCAUAGUAUUAUAAAGUAUUACCAAAACUACUUAAAUGCAUUUUUUUAUCGUACUAGUUGAAUCUAUGUUCAAUAUCGGAGUGGUUCUAAAUUACCACACUUAAUAAUAUUGUUCCACUGGCAUGGGCAUUAGUAGCUGGUCAAUGCUGUAGAAUAUAUCACAAAACUAUACUUACUGGUCAAGAAAAAUGAAAUAAAAAUAGCAUGUUUAUAUUUUUCUGUUUGUUUUAUAUAAAUUCAAAUAGCAUUAAACAACCAUGGAAGCCAUUCAAUUGUUAUGAAAAGAUUAACUGCAAUUUAUCCCCUCCCCUUUGUCAACAAAAGUAAGUAAACCUCCCAAAAAUAAUUGUACAUCAACAUAUUAAUUGUAUGUAGGAAUCAUAAACAAAUAUAUCAUUAGUAUAGUAUUACAAUCAUAAUUAUGACAGAUUGUGUAUGCUAGGCUAAAAUAAUGGCUAAAUGUGAUAAUCCAGUAUUGAAUAUGUUUUUAGCGCCAUCUAUGAUUGUUUGUUUGAAUAGUAGGUAUUAAAAUUAAGUUUUUGUAAUGCCACGCUAGAUAGCGCUUUAAUAUAUUACUUAAAAUUUUCGAACAACAGGAUAUUAACAUUUUGUAAGAACACACAAAUUGUAUCUGCCCGUUAACUUAUAUUUGAAUUUAAAUUGUAAAUGAAAACUAUAAACUACUUCCUUGUUUUAAAAGGUUGCAAACACUAUAUAAACAGAGCUGUGAUUUAACAUGAUAGAUUUAAGCUAUGUUUAAAAAAUAUAACUAUUUAUCUAUAUG